UGUCUUUUCUCAUUUAAUUCAAUUAUUUUAUUUUCCUUAUUUUGCAUUAAUUAUUAACUAAUUCUACCUACCAUACAACUAUGGUGACUAUUCUAUUCUAUUAUAUUUUAAACAUCAAUAUCAAUGAUACAUAAAAUUCUUUUAAAUCUCUAAAUCUCUUUUAAUUUUAACAACAUUUCAACCUCAGAUAAUACAUUUCAUAUGUGUUAUGAAUUGACUACUACUUUUCUGUAUUUAUAUAGAUAAUAUAUAUAAAUUGACUACUACUUAUAAACUUAUGGAGACUUUGACAUUGAUGUUUUUUAUGUCAUGAUCGUGCUUAUAUAAUUUUUUUUUCAUAUUUAAUAUUUUAUUAAUGUAAAUGUUGACGAAUUCAUGUUGCUUCUUAGUAUGCUAAUGCUUUAUAUCGUAUUGCUGUGUUUGUUCUUUGUUUGUCAUGCAUUAGAUCUUUGUUUUAUCUGCUUGGAAUUCUUGAUGAGUGCCUGUCAUUGCAGGCUUAUAAAUCUGUACUUUCCUUUUGUUUGUAUAUAUAUAUAUAUACACACAUAUGUUUGUGUAUCAACUGGUUAGCCCUAUGUAAGGUGUUGAAUUGUCCAUUAAUGGAAAGAAACAAGAACUGUUUCUGAUAUUUCAAAGAGAUUCAUUCACUUUCAAUGAAGAAGCUGAAGCAUCUCGAUGUUCGACCAGAAGACGAGCUUCCGGGAUCAGUAUCACCUUCUUCUGAUGAAACUGAUUCCAUUAGAUCACAUAUUGAAAAGAUGGGUCCUAUCUGUAAAUCCAGGAAGAAAUUCGUUCAUGUUUCUCCAUGGUCGUCAAUGGCGGAAGAUGAUAAUUUUGAUGAACAAAUACUUAGUAAUGGAAGCUUUAUCUCAUCUGCUGAUGAUGAAACUAUGUGGCUGUCUUCAGGUUGUUUUUCACCUUCAUCUUUUUUUAAAAACGUAACGGAAGUGAUGAAUAGUUAGUUUCAUGGCUGUCAACAAUGGCAUCUGCAAGCACUGAUCUCGAUUCUUCAUCUCAGGCUUCUGAAGCAAAAAACAUCGAAGAUCUCAAUGGUGAUGAGCCGAUUUUCUGGCCAUUCGAGAGGAAAAUCGAUUGGAAAUCCGAGGAAACUUGGAAACACUUCACCAUGUCUCCUCGAAAAGGCAUUAUAAAGGUUACAGCUCUUGAGGAAACCGUCAACUCGAAUAAAAAUCUCCAGAAACCAAAACAAGGAAGCAAAGAUUGUCACAACGGUGGCCGCAAAAUCAGAAAGGGGAACACGAUGCCUUCAAGAUUGAGAGAAUCGACAAAAGUUUCGGCGAAAAUAGUGCCAUUAAACAUUGAAAACCAAAUUCUGGCAUUAAAAGUUGAAGAAGAUGACACCAUGGGAUCAAUUUCAACUUGUAGAAACUUGUGGGAAGAUGAUUUUACAUCAAAUGGGGAUGUUCCAAUUGAAAAAGUUGUAGGGCUUGGUGAGUUUGAUGGGCAUGAAGGGAUUGACUCAGAUUUCAAUGAAGGUGUUUUUUUGCUUGAUGAAGCUCUAUGAUUACUUGUCUAAAUAUUGAUUUAGGUUCAUUAUUUGUUAAGUUUGAUCUUGAGUUUGUCAAAUUCAGGUAUUUUAAUGUAUAAAUCAAGGUUGUUUGAACCGGAUUA